CAUUCAUAUAUAUAUAAAAUACAUAUAAUAAUAAUAAACAAUAAGUUUAUUAAAUCAAUAUAAAUUUUAAGUUUAAAUUGUCAACCAAAAUUUGAAUUACUAAUUUACUUGUAUUUAAUAAUUAUUCAAAACGAGGUUAAUGAGUAAUGGUUUAUUGUUAAUCUCUUUUGUGUGACGUCAUAAAGUAGAACUACACAAGGGUCAUGUCCAUUCUUUGUUGUCUUUAUAUCAAUCAUCAUUAUUUGUUUGCUAUUUUAUAAAUUAAUAAUCAGAUUCGAAGUUAAAGAAAGCUGGCAAGUGAUAUUUGAGAUAAAAAAGUAGAAAGUUAUUGUUAAAUAACAAUGGAUUCCGAGGAAGAGACUCUUUAUGAUGAAGUUGAUUCAGGCAAUGAAUCUAGUGGCGAUGAUGUUGACUUUGCAAUGGAAAUAGAGGCUGGUAAUCCAAGGGAACGUAGCAAUGAUACUGAUGAUUAUCCAUUUGAAGUAUUAACUACUGAAGAAAUCGUACAGCACAUGGUUGAUUCUAUCAAGGAAGUUAACACUGUUGUUGAAAUACCAGCAACAACAACACGAAUUCUUCUGAAUCACUUUAAAUGGGACAAAGAAAAAUUGAUGGAGCGAUUUUACGACGGUGAUCAAGAGAAAUUAUUUUCCGAAGCACGUGUUGUUAAUCCAUUUCGUAAAGGCUCAAUAAUCAGCCGUUCACGAUCACAAAAUUCGUCUAGAAGAACUUCCACAAACGGCACUGAAGAAUGUGGAAUUUGCUUCGUCACACUUCCAUCUUCGAUGAUGACCGGUUUAGAAUGCGGGCAUCGUUUCUGUACCGCGUGUUGGGGUGAAUAUUUAACAACUAAAAUAAUGGAAGAGGGUGUUGGCCAAACAAUAGCUUGUGCCGCCCACGCUUGCGAUAUUCUCGUAGAUGAUGCCAGUGUCAUGCGUUUAAUAAGAGAUUCAAAAGUUAAACUUAAGUAUCAGCAUCUUAUCACAAAUAGCUUUGUCGAGUGUAACAGAUUACUGAGGUGGUGUCCAUCACCAGACUGUAAUAGCGCUAUAAAAGUGCAAUAUGUCGAACCAAAACCAGUGACAUGUAAAUGCUCUCAUACAUUUUGUUUUCACUGCGGGGAAAAUUGGCACGAUCCAGUUAAAUGUCAUUUGCUACGUAAGUGGAUUAAGAAAUGUGACGAUGAUUCAGAAACGUCUAAUUGGAUUGCGGCAAACACUAAAGAAUGCCCAAAGUGUAACGUAACAAUUGAGAAAGACGGUGGCUGUAAUCACAUGAUUUGUAAAAAUCAAAACUGUAAGACAGAAUUCUGUUGGGUAUGUUUGGGACCCUGGGAACCACAUGGCUCUAGUUGGUACAAUUGCAAUCGCUAUGAUGAAGAAGAGGCUAAAGCAGCUCGUGAUACUCAACAAAAAUCACGAUCAGCAUUACAGAGAUAUCUGUUUUAUUGCAAUCGUUACAUGAAUCAUUUGCAGUCGCUUAAGUUUGAGAGUAAACUUUAUGCAAGUGUUAAAGAAAAAAUGGAAGAAAUGCAGCAGCACAACAUGUCUUGGAUUGAGGUACAGUUUUUGAAAAAAGCCGUUGAUAUUUUAUGUCUGUGUAGGCAAACACUUACGUACACUUAUGUAUUUGCUUACUACUUACGUAAAAACAAUCAAUCGGUCAUUUUUGAAGAAAACCAGAAAGAUUUGGAAGGAGCUACUGAAGUAUUAUCCGAAUAUCUUGAGAGAAAUAUCACUAGUGAAAAUCUUGCUGAUAUUAAACAGAAAGUUCAAGAUAAAUAUCGGUACUGCGACAGCCGGAGGAAAGUAUUGUUAGAGCACGUUCACGAAGGAUACGAAAAAGAAUGGUGGGAUUACAUGGAAUAAAAUGGAAUAUUAAAAGCUUAUUAUUUAAAAUAAGUGUCAAUACCAGUUAUUAAUCCUUUCCCUUUCCGUGACCGCCUCAUCUGUGAUAACCCGAAAAGAAAUAAUUAAAAAAUUAAAAUUAAAACUAAAAGAAAAAAAGAAAAUAAGGUCGCCAAAGUUAUUCUCUAUUCAAAUAUUUAUAUUUAACAACAAAUUAAUAUUAUUUCUCGAUGCUUAUUAUAAAAAUCUAUGAAAUUUUGACGGCCCCGAAAUUUAAGUAAAAUUAUUAUUAACAAUAAUACUACUAAUAAUAAUAAUAAUAAUAAAUAUCAUUAUGCGCAUUAAUCUUAUUAAUGUUACAUAUUUAUUGUGAUGGUGUUAUUUUUUUCUCGGAUCGAUAUUUCGUUAUUUUUUUUUUUUUUUAAAUGUAAUACCUCUUACACAGUGGCGGUUCGAGAUACUUAAACUUAAAUUAAGUAAUAAAUAAAUAAAUUAAUAAUAAACAUUAAAUAAUUGAUUUUUAGUGAUUGGUGUUAGAUAAAAAAUAAAAAAAAAUUAAUAAAUAAACGGCCAAAUGAAUUUAAAUAAAGUGGUGCAAGUGAAUUUUAAAAAGAAAUAUUUUUAUUGGCCGUUAAUUAAAAAUUUUUUGUUAAUAUGUAUGUAUGUAUAUAUUAGAGUGAUCCGUUUGGAAUGACUAUUUUUUUUACUCCCACUUCAAAAUAUUAUUGCAGACAUUGAAAAAAAAUUCCCUGAAAGUUUAAGCUCGGAAUUUUAAUUUUAAAUACUUGACAUUUGAUUUUGAAGUUUCCCAUUUAAAAUACAUAGGAAAGUUUGGAAUUUUUUAAAUUCUAGAGCUCAGCCGCAUUUCAAGUUAUCGGGUCGCCGAUUGCGUCAUUUUGCAGGUAAUUUAAUACUCUUCAAAAGUCUCCUUAGUAAUUUUACUGAGAUUCUAAUUGUUUUUUCUGUAUUGGUUCUGAAAAUCAUUUUUUUAAUAAUAAUUUGGGUUUUUAGUUGAUAUUGACAAAAUAACGAAAGUUACAAUAAAAAUGCAGAUAACGAUUUUUUAGGAAAUUUGAUUCCCUACAAAAAAGGUCCUCUUGGUUAAGUGGCUCAAGUUCUUCGUUCCCGUGAUAUAGGGAUUUUAUUAAUUUUGUAAACAAAAUAUUUGUCAAAAAUUUUUCCGAAGCUCAUCAAAUUUAAUCCUUCGUAUUUUCAUUAAUGGGUUAAAUUAAUAAAAAGAAAAUUAUUUACUUAUUUGAAAUUAAAAUUGAAAGGCUUUGGUCGAAUUUUUUAAAAAAUAUUUUAUUUACAAAAUUAAUAAAAUUCCCAUAUCACGUAAACGAAGAACUUGAGCCACUUAACUGAGAGGACCUUUUUUGUAGAGAAUCAAAUUUCUUAAAAAAUCGAUAUCUGCAUUUUUACUGAAACUUUCGUUAUUAAGUCAAUAUCAACUAAAAACCCAAAUUAUUAUUAAAAAAAUGAUUUUCAGAACCAAUACAGAAAAAACAAUUAGAAUCUCAGUAAAAUUACUAAGGAGACUUUUAAAAAGUACUGAAUUACCUACAAAAUGUCGCAGACGGCGACCCGAUAACUUGAAAUGCGACUGAGCUAGAGAAUUUUUAAAAAUUCAAACUUUCCUAUGGAUUUUAAAUGGGAAACUUCAAAAUCAAAUGUCAAGUAUUUAAAAUUAAAAUUCCGAGCUGAAACUUUCAGGAAUUUUUUUUCAAUCUCUGCAACAAUAUUUUGAAGUGGGAGUAAAAAAAAAUAGUCGUUCCAAACGGGCCACUCUAAUCUAUAUACAUAUAUAAUUAUAAUAAUUUAGUGGUAAUCAAUUAAAUUAUAAGUAAAUAAAAAGUUUAAUAAAUAAAUUAUCAUUUAGCAAGCUAAUAUAUGGACGUACUGAGAAUAAAUCUCAUUUUCCUUUUUUUUUUUAUCUAUUAAUACAACGUAGCAAUGACAUCAAUUAUAAAUGUUAUUGAUAGAUAUACAUAAAUAAAUAUAUUGUUACUCAUAAUUGUUUAUUAUAAAAUUUGUUUAAAAAAAAUUAAUCUUCCGAGUGUACGAUCUCGGGUAAAAAUGUUUUUUUUUAACUUUUUAUCGUUGAAAUCAUUUUUAUGAUCAUUAUUAUCAAAUAUUAUAAUUAUUUGAACAAUAAUAUAUUUAUUCAAUCAUUGCUCUCUUUGUCUUUUAUUUUUAUUUUUCAUAAAUAUAUACACAUUUAUUAUAUGUACUCUUAAUCGUUGUAUCUCUUUUCAAUUUUAUGAAAAUACGUCCAGGCUAAAACUGCCACAAUUUAAACUGCGUACUAUUAAAACUUAAUUUUAAAAUCAAUUUUAAAUAAUUAUGCAUUAAUUUUUUAAAAAAUUUAUUAUAUUUAUAGUUUUCCAACAAUUGGCUUUUAAAUUAAUGCGUCUAGACAUAUACAUAUAUAUGUAUAUAUUUUUUUUUAAUUCAUUUAAAUGAGGAAGUUAUUAAUUUGCUAAAUUUAAUUUCGAUCGUAUUCCCUGUGAAUAAUUCUUACAAAUUUUUAAUUAUAAUUAGAAAUUCGGUAGGUAUUUAGUGAGUAAUAAUUAACGUUACACUGAACAGAGUGUAAUUAAUUUAAAUAGAAAAUUAAUUAAGUUUGUAAAAAUUAUCACGGUAAUUAAUACGAUCGAUAUAAAGAUUUUCAAUUGAUAGUUUUUUUAUUUUCUAGAGAAAAGAAAUCUUGUGUUAAAAAAAUUAAUCCUGAAGUUAGCAGACAAUUUAAAACUUUCGGAUUUUUUUUGCAACCAAUCAAUUACAAAAAAAAAAAAACUCAAAAAUGCACAUGUAGAAAAUUAAAAAAUCUAUAGGUGCAAAUUUUUUUAAAUAUUUUUUUUUUAUAAUUUAUCGAUUUAAAGAAAAUCCAAAAAUUACCAGACGUUUGCUAGUUUCAGAAUCAUGUUAAAAAAUGUUUUUUUUUUUAAUUAAUUUGCAAUUUAUCUUAAAAUAUAUGAAUUUUAAAAAUAUUUUUAUUGAUUCACAGUAAAAAAUCAUUAAUUAUUAAUAAUAAUUAGACAAUAAUUUUAAUUAUUAUACCAUAAUUUUGUUUGGUGACGUAAUAACUCGAUUGUAAAAUUAAAUAAUUAUUUUUGUCGAUGAAUUAACUGUAUUAAUAAUUAAUAAUAAUUACUUAUGAUUAUACAUAUUAUUUAAAAAAAAAUAACAAAAAAUCGUGUUCGCUUGCUAAUUAUUUAAGUAAGUUAAGUAUUUGUAAAUUUGGCGUAAUUAUAAUAAAUGUAAUUGUAAUAGAAUUAGAAUAAUUACAUGGAAAUGAUAGAUGUGAUAAUUGAAAUUAUAAUAAUAAAUAAACAGGAAAAAAAAUU